UCCUCCAAAGGUAACGCUCUUGUAAAAAUAACACAAGUCUCGUUUCACUCUGUUAACACUGUAAAUGACCUUCAUGUGGUUCCACUGUGUCAGGAACCUCCGGCGUUGUAAGAGAGUGCCAGUAAAGAAGGGGAAGAAGAGAAAGAAGAGGCGGACAGAUAACUCUCAGGGUUCUCGCGUUGCUAAGCAGCCGCGUCUGCGCGGCAACAAAGGUCGUCAUGGGCGCAUCAGUAAUAGCUCUGCAGAUGACGGCAGCCUUAAUAAGAGCUGCAGUCACAGUAGCCAUGAAGAGACGAACUAUCAAGCAGACACACGUGUGUCUGUCGAGAUGAAUCCCUGCACAGUCGCUCUGGAAACCACCAACGCAAGACGGAAAACGCCAGAGAAGAAGACGAGUGGAUUCAGAGACUUGCUGGCCCAGCUCCGUGGAAGCAGCAGCAUAAUUGUCAGAGAAACACGUUGAUGAGACCCUGCUUACCACCAACCAAAGGUCCCAGGGCCAAAACAAUUCAAGCAACACACACACACACACACAGCAGAGUAUCCUGUGAUAGAAGCACUAUCAGCACCUGACACCUCGAAAACAGGAAAAACAUUUCAGCAGGGGCACAGACACAGAUGUACUGCAGUGUUUAGGGAGGAGCGUGAACGCAGCUAUAAAAACCCCCUGGACAAUAAUCUGUCUCCACUUCACUCUGCGGAGAACAGAGAGCCACGGUCCCCACCAUGUCAUACUAUGAGCACAUCGUCUUGGACUAUGACCUAAAUGACACGGGUUCAGGUUCUGGUUCUGGAGAGUUUGGGGUGGACCUGGAUGAGCCCUGCGAGGUGGAGCAUGUCAUGACCACUGAGCUUCAGCGGGUCUUCUUGCCGGUGGUCUACGCUCUCAUAUUCAUCCUGGGCAUCACAGGAAACGGCCUGGUCGUCGUCGUGCUGGGCUGCCAGCGCAGGUCAAAGUGCAGCCUCACAGACCGAUAUCGCCUCCAUCUCUCAGCUGCCGACCUCCUCUUUGUUCUGGCGCUCCCGUUCUGGGCCGUGGACGCGGCGCUGGCUGACUGGCGCUUCGGGGCGGCCACCUGCAUCGGUGUUCAUGUUAUUUACACGGUCAACCUGUACGGCAGCGUCCUCAUCCUGGCCUUCAUCAGCCUGGACCGCUACCUGGCAGUGGUCCGAGCCACAGAUACCAACACUGGUGGGCUGAGGCAGCUGCUGGCACACAGACUGGUGUAUGUAGGAGCAUGGUUUCCUGCAGCACUGCUGGCAGUGCCGGACUUGAUAUUUGCCAGGACUCAGGAAGGAGGAGAGGGGGCCACUCUGUGCCAGCGUUUCUACCCGGUGGACAAUGCUCCUCUCUGGGUCGCAGUCUUUCACCUCCAGCUGGUCCUCGUGGGUCUAGUGAUCCCCGGCUUGGUGCUGCUGGUGUGUUACUGUGUCAUUGUCACCCGGCUGACCCGGGGCCCGCUGGGGGGCCAGAGGCAGAAGCGGCGGGCGGUCAGGACCACCAUUGCGCUGGUGCUCUGCUUCUUUGUGUGCUGGCUGCCCUACGGAGCAGGCAUCUCUGUGGACACUCUGCUGCGCCUGGAGGUCCUGCCCCGCACCUGCAGACUGGAGGCGGUUCUGGGCGUGUGGCUGGCGGUGGCCGAGCCCAUGGCGUUUGCACACUGCUGCCUGAACCCGCUGCUGUACGCCUUCCUGGGAGCUGGGUUCAAGAGUUCAGCCCGCAGAGCGCUCACUCUGAGUCGGGCGUCCAGUUUGAAGAUUUUACCACGGAGGCGAGCUGGGGCUUCCACGACAACAGAGUCCGAGUCUUCUAGUUUACAUUCCAGUUAGUGUCGCCCUAGAGUAUGUGUGUACUGUAUAUACUGUGUGUGUGUGUGUCUGUGUCUGUGUGUGUGUGUGUGUGAGGACGUUUACACAAAGUUUCUGAGAAAGUAAGGAGCAGUCUGCUGGCUCAUGACUUGUCUUCUUCAUUGUAAAUUAUGUGUUUGAAAGGUUUUAAUGUUUAUAAUAAAACGAAAAAACAA